UCUUCACCUGCACCAUCAUCUCUGACCCGGCGAAGCUAGCCGUUCUGUCCAACCGCAACGCGCCGGAGAGUUGUAGAGUUAUGAAGAAGCUUAUCUCACUUGUCAGAAACGUUCAUUCUCGCCAAUGCCAACCCAAACUAAACUGGUCUGUCCAAGCGCGUUUCUUGCAGCAAGAUUCUGUAUCGAAACCCAAACCCAAGAAAUACAAGUACCCAUCAUUCUAUGACCCGUACGGUCCUAGACCCCAGCCUUCAAGCAAGAUCGUUGAGCUAGCUGACCGUAUAGCUGCACUAUCUCCAGAAGAGCGGAAACAAAUCGGUCCUGCACUCAAUGAACACCUGAGACUUCCGAAACAGCAGAUGAUCUCAUCCCAGGGAAUGAGUAUGGGAGCAAAACAAGAUGCUGGAGCAGGGAAAGUAGAGGAGAAGAAGGAGAAGACGUCUUUCGAUGUGAAGCUGGAGAAGUUUGAUACAGCUGCGAAGAUCAAAGUGAUUAAAGAAGUGAGAGCGUUCACGAGUUUGGGUCUCAAGGAAGCGAAAGAGCUUGUGGAGAAAGUCCCUGUGGUGAUUAAACAAGGUCUGACUAAGGAAGAAGCUAAUGGUAUCAUAGAAAAGAUCAAAGCUGUAGGUGGAGUCGCAGUUAUGGAGUAAGUGACUUUUGAACACUUAUGUUUUUCUUCUUGUGUUUUGGUUUGUGUUUUGGUUAUUGUGUUUGGUCACAUCUCGACACUUGCAAUGUAAUAACAAAUCAGUUAAACCAAGAACUUGGUUUCAGAUUUAAACUUUGUGUUUGGUUUAGUGAGUUUAUGUGCAGCUAGUGCUGGGCAUUCG